AUGGGGAAUGCAGUGUCUUGUGCGCCGUCGAUCAUCUCAAGUGGUGGAGCAGUGAGAGUGGUGUUCCCAGAUAGGAAUUUGCGGGUAUAUACCAAACCACUCAAAGCAGCCGAUCUGAUGGCGGAGAAUCCAGGCCAAUUCGUGUGCGAUUCCAGCGGCUUAAUAGUAGGUCUCAGGGUUCAUGGAUUAACGGCGGAUGAUGAGUUGGAGCGACGCCACGUCUAUUUUCUUCUUCCCAUGGACUUGCUUUACUCGGUGCUGACUCAAGAGGAGAUGAGUUGCCUCACUCGCAAGGCUACCAAGGCGUUGAAACAUGCCACCUUUAACAUCGGCAACAUCUUUACCGAGUUCUGUAUUUUCCCUUUCCAGGCAAAGAUGGCACCGCAGAGCUCGGCCGGCGACGGUGUGGAUGAUUCCGGCGAGAGGUUUUCGAAACAGGGAUCGUGA